CGCAUCGGCAAGGUGCGAAAUGACCACGAAGCGCGUCGUCGUCGUUUGUGGCUGGCUCAACGCCAAGGCGCGGCCGGUCGCCAAGUACGCCGAGCUCUACAAGCAGCUGGGCUACGACGCGGUCGUGCUGCUCAGCGGCGGCGCCGACCUUCUCCAGCCGGCGCGCUUCCUGCACCCCAACGCCGUCGCCACCGUGUUGGCACCGCUCAAGCAGUCACCCACCGACACACUCGAGCUCAUUCCGCACAUGCUCUCGAACGGCGGGUGUCGGUCGUGGUUUGCCGUCGAGCGCUCUCUCCGCGACGCCAACGAGCGCUACAUAGUGCCCGCGAUGGUGUUUGACUCGGCGCCCAGCACCAACGUCAAGGACGCCGCCGACUUUUCGUGGCCAGCGACCGACGCGCUGCCGACGCUUCGCCUGCGCCUCGCCACGCGGCUUAUGCUCAUUGGUAUGAAGUGGUACCCGACCCUCUCGCGCUCCGACGAUGCGUUCGAGGAGCACUGGCAGCGCUACUUGGUCGACCAAGCGCACGUGCCCAAGCUCUUCAUGUUCUCGCCCCAAGACAAUAUUGUCUCCCCCGCGCAUAUCCAGGCUGCGAUUGCAUGCGCCAAAGACGCAGGCACGAGAGUUGUCGUCGAAGAAUUUGUGCAGGCAAAGCACGUGUCGCUCUAUGCGCAAGCGCCACAGCGGUACGCGUCCGUGGUCGCGUCCUUCUUCAAGCAGGCGCUGAUCUAAGGCAUCGCUAUAAUACGAGUAUUGCUUGAGACUCGAGACAGCGCGCAAUUCGAAGCCCCAGAUGCAAGGCGGGUACGAUCGCCGCACGCCUCGACGUCCCGC